AUGGAUUUCCAUUAUGACAUUAAUUUUAUUUUUCCAAAUGAUGAGCCUCCAUUUGACUCAUCUUCUAAUGAUGAUGAGUUGGAACUUACUCUAGCUAUUGCCAUAGAAGAAUUAAACAAUGAAGGAGUAUCAACAUCAUGUCGUCGUUUGGUUCAACCUCGUAGGUUUAUUUGGUGUAAUCCUUUGCAAGGUCAUGACAGGCUUUUCCAUGAUUAUUUUGCUGAAACACCAGUGUAUCCUCCUAAUGUAUUUCGAAGGAGGUUUCGAAUGAGUCGUUCUCUUUUUCUACGUAUCCAUUCAAGAGUUGAAGCUACUGAACCAUACUUUGUUCAAAAAAGAAAUGCGGCUAACACACUUAGGUUGUCUUCCCUUCAAAAGAUGACCAUCGCAAUCAGAAUGCUUGCUUAUGGAGUGUCGGCUGAUUUCAUGGAUGAAUACUUGAGGAUUGGAGAAACCACUGCAAUAAAAGCUUAA